AUGGCUGUCAAGAAAUACCAGAUUGGGGUCAUCGGUUACGGUCUGUCGGCCAAGAUCUUCCAGAUCCCUUACAUUUUGGCAGCCCAGGACUUUGAACUUCGCGCUAUUGUACAACGAUCUGGCGACGAGGCAUCGAAGGAACACCCGGGUGUCAAAAUCUACAGAUCCGCCGAUGAACUAUUAAGAGACACAAGCAUUGACGUGAUUAUCGUGUCAACGCCUCCGCUUUCACACUUUAGCCUCGUGUCAUCGGCACUUAAUGCCGACAAGCAUGUGGUCGUUGAGAAGCCUUUCUGCCCGUUGAGCAGGGAAUGUGACGAGUUGAUUGCCCUGGCCCAGGCCAAGGGUAAGCUCCUGACCGUCUUUCAGAACCGCCGGUGGGACGCCGACUUUGUGACACUGCAGAAGAUACUGGCGGAUGGUCAACUCGGCCGUGUGGUCGAAUUCGAGUCGCACUUUGACCGUUAUGACCCAGAGGUAACAAAUCCUUCAGCUGGGGGCGCUGGUGUCAUCUAUGACCUCGGCACCCACCUUAUCGACCAGAUACUUUUCUGCUUCGGCCUGCCGUCGAAGGUCACGGGCUUCCUGGGUACCCAACGCGCGACGAACGUUGAUGGUCCUCAUGAUGCAUGUACUGUUCUUCUACAUUAUGACUCGGGCCUGCUAGCGACCGUCAAGGCCAGUGCAGUCAGCUCAGCGCUGGAGCAGCUACGUUUCUGGGUCCGGGGAGACAAGGGAGGCUUCAAGAAAUGCCACUUAGAUCCGCAGGAGCACCAGCUGGUGGGUGGCAUGAGGACUGACAACCCCACGUUUGGGCUGGAGGAUGCAGAGAAGGCCGGUAAGCUACAGGCACUGUCACUUUGCUCUACCCAACGACUAACAUUGCCCGAAGGCGUCAUCACUCUCGCAAAAAAUGGUACCCUCCAUGAUCUGACUUACCCAAACUUGCCCCCUCCCACCUACGGCGCGUUCUACGAGGUCUUAUCCGGCGCCUUGGCCGGUCAGUGCGACGUUCCUGUGCCGGCCAAGGACGCCCGAAAUGUCAUCAGAAUUAUUGAACUGGCUGAGGAGAGCAGCAGAAAAGGUUCAACAAUUUUGCUCAAGCCUGAAGAGUUUGUUUGA